UUCAAGGAUGUUUUGCUGCGACCCAAGCGAAGCAGUCUCAAGAGCCGAUCGGAGGUUGAUCUUGAGCGCACCUUCACAUUUCGCAACUCAAGGCAGACCUACUCAGGGAUUCCCAUCAUUGUGGCCAACAUGGACACCGUGGGGACGUUUGAGAUGGCGGUGGCGAUGUCCCAGCACUGCAUGUUUACAGCCAUUCACAAGCAUUACACCCUGGACGACUGGAAGCUCUUUGCAGAGAAGCACCCAGAAUGCCUGCAGCGCGUCGCGGUGAGUUCGGGCAGCGGGCAGAAUGAUCUGGAAAAGAUGAGCGACGUCCUGGAGGCUGUGCCGCAGGUUAAGUUUAUCUGCCUGGAUGUGGCCAAUGGGUAUUCGGAACAUUUUGUGGAGUUCGUGAAACUUGUCCGGGCCAGAUUUCCAGAGCACACCAUUAUGGCAGGAAACGUGGUGACAGGCGAGAUGGUGGAAGAGCUGAUCCUUUCUGGAGCAGAUAUAAUCAAAGUGGGAGUUGGGCCAGGGUCUGUGUGCACCACCCGCACAAAGACUGGCGUGGGCUACCCGCAGCUGAGCGCAGUGAUUGAGUGUGCUGACUCUGCCCACGGCUUGAAGGGCCACAUCAUCUCGGACGGAGGCUGCACGUGUCCAGGAGAUGUCGCCAAAGCCUUCGGAGCUGGAGCUGACUUUGUCAUGCUGGGAGGGAUGUUCUCGGGCCACACCGAGUGUGCUGGGGAAGUGAUCGAGAGGAACGGCCAGAAACUCAAGCUCUUCUACGGGAUGAGCUCCGACACGGCCAUGAAGAAGCACGCAGGGGGCGUUGCUGAAUACAGAGCCUCGGAGGGCAAGACAGUGGAAGUGCCUUACAAAGGGGAUGUGGAGAACACGAUCCUGGAUAUUCUCGGGGGACUGAGGUCCACCUGCACGUAUGUGGGGGCCGCCAAACUCAAAGAGCUCAGCAGGAGGGCCACGUUCAUCCGGGUGACCCAGCAACACAACCCCGUAUUCAGCUAACCCUGGGGCUGCUGUGCCAGCCCGAUUGUGUGGAAGUUUCCAUGUGCACCUGCUCACUCCAGCCCGCCUCUGCCUGCCCGCCUGCCAUCUACAAGCUUCUCCUCUCCCCAUGCCUGCCACCCGGGGCCUUGGGAUGCUCCCUGGUGCCUUGUGGGGCCCGGAUGCAGCGCACUGACUAGGUUGGUGGUCAGAGCCCACCUGCCCACAACUCAUCACCUCAUUGUGAAAACUGACAUUUGCACCUUUUCCUUCCUUCCUUUCUUUUCCAUUUUAAAAAAAGAAAAAUGGUUGCACUUUAAUAUAAGGCUGUUACUUAA